GGGGCUCGGCGAGGAGCGCUGCGGCAUGGGGACGAUAUUGCGGUGACGCCACUGGCUUCCAGCUGCUUCCUGGGCCAUCGCGUUCUGGCGAAUUUCGCGGGUGUCAUUUUCGCUUUUUCUACUUUUGUAGAAAUUCAAUGGAGAAAUUGAGGAGAGUUUUGAGUGGCCAGGAGGACGAGGAGCAAGGCCUAACGACGCAGGUCCUUGAUUCAACUUCACUCAGCUUUGGGACAAGGGUGAAAUGGUUUGCGAUAUGCUUUGUCUUUGGCGUUUGUUGCUCAAUUCUUGGAACAGUUUUGCUCUGGCUUCCUAAUGGAAUAAAAUUAUUCGCGGUUUUUUACACACUAGGAAAUAUUGCUGCACUUGCCAGCACCUGUUUUCUUAUGGGACCACUGAAGCAGCUGAAAAAAAUGGUUGACCCAAACCGCUUGGUUGCCACCGUUGUUAUGUUGCUGUGCUUCAUCUUAACGUUAUGUGCAGUGUUUUGGUGGCACAAGAAAGGACUUGCCCUAAUCUUCUGCAUAUUACAGUUCCUAGCAACAACUUGGUACAGUCUGUCAUACAUUCCCUUUGCAAGAGAUGCUAUCAUAAAGUGUUGCACUUCCUGUAUCGGAUAACUCCAGGGAGAAGGAAAAACUGGUCAAGUCCCAAAACGCUUUCCAAUGGUUCUUUGUGGUCAUAGAGGAAGAACUGCGGACUGCAUAUUUUGUUACUUGGAUAACUCCUAAGUAUCACGCAUUUGUUUAUUUUGGUGUUUUACAAAGAGAAUGAUGUAAUAUUUUGUUUUAAAAAUGUCUACUGCACAUUACUGAUUAUACUCAACCAAAGAAUCAAGUCUUCAUCCUUUUUCAAGGAAUUUUCAUCUUUUAAAAUAAUUAUUUCAUGUUUGAUACCAUUCCAAUACAUUUACAUUGCCUAUGCCUUAAAUUGCUGUGCUACUGUGAUGAAUGAGUUUUACUAAUAAAUUUUUGUAAGGCUAAUAUAAUUAUAAUGAACAUUUAUUUUGCAAAGACUGAAACUGUGCUACUUUCUGAUGAAAAACACUAUGAUGCUGGAGGAACUCAGCAAGCCAGGCAGUAUCCAUGGAGAAAAGCAGGCAGUCAACGAUUCGGGUCAGGACCCUUCUCCACGGAUGCUGCUUGGCCUGCUGAGUUCCUCCAGCAUCAUAGUGUUUUUCACCUAGAUUCCAGCAUCUGCAGCCCUGUGUUUCUCUACUUUGAUUUUUUCUUGUACUAGAAACAAGAGCUUGUUUAUAAAAUUUGAAGCAGCAUUUCACUCAAUUAAAGAAUCACUUCUUAGUUAAAAUUGUGAAGUAGUGUGUUUUAUUAGACUAUUUUCUUGAAGCCAGAAAGGGUGCUAAGUUAUUUUGUACUGCAAAUGCAAGGAACUGCUUUUAUUGUAUGAAGAAUACAUUUUUCUUUGGGUUCCAUUCAUUAAAAAUGUUUCAAUUACAAUGUGAAAUAUUUCAUUUACAUCAGAAUCAAAAGAGCUCCAGCAUGACAUCCAAAAACUAACAUUUAAAAGGCAGAGUUUGUUUAUUUAGAAGUAUUAUUUUAUUGUACUCAAUUUAUACUAACCUUCAAGCUACCUGCCUUUCUUCUGUAUUGUGGUAUGAUUUGAUCAGGGGUAGAGACACUACAUCUUUGCUUUAUACUUAUUCCUAGGUCUCUUCCAUCUCUUCAUCUGAGGAGAGCUUUCAACCACUUCCUCAAUCUUUAAGAUAGAGGACAGGGGAGAUUGAUUCUAGGGACACAGGUUCAGACAUGGAUAUUGAAGCAGUAAAUGCUAAUGGUGGCACUGUAUUUCUUCAUUCAAAAGUUGAAUGGUUUCUGUUACAUUUGAUUCAUUCACAAAAAUAAAA